CGGAACCGGAAACCGGAAACCGGAAACGGGACCGGGGAUGGGGCCUGGGCCCUGUCCGGUAGCGUCGGCCCCGUGGCUGAGGGGGAGAGGACGAGCGGCCAACGCGCAUGCGCAGAGGAGGGAGAAGCCGCCUUAGCCCCAGCACCGGAAGUGCGCCCGACGGGCGCCGCCAUGUUGCCGUACGAGCCCCAGCCAAUCAGCGCUCGGCAUCGCCAGCUCUCCACUCCCGCAGUGGGCGCCGCCAUCUUACCCUAGGAGCACGUGAUCGCCCGCAACCAAUCAGGACCAACCAUGGCAACGGCACCGUCCCCCCCGCGCCCCCCCCGCUGCCCCCCCCGCUAUUGGGAGGGUCAGGACGUCCUGGCCCGUUGGACCGACGGCCUCCUCUACCUGGGCACCAUCAAAAAGGUGGAUCCCGGUCGCUGUGGAUGCUUGGUCCAGUUUGAGGACAAUUCCCAGUUCCUGGUGCUAUGGAAGGACAUCAGCCCAGCUGCAGUCCCAGGUGAGGACCAAUCCUGCUGCGUCUGCUCCAGUCGGGUCCUGAGCCCCCAGAACCUGCUGGUCACAUGCUCCAAGUGCGGCCACGCCUACCACCAGCAGUGUCACCUCCCGCCUGCGCCGCCAGGGGCGCCCUGGAUGUGCCGUCGCUGCGUGUUUGCCGUCGCUACCAAAGUGAGCCCGGGGGGGGGGGGCGGGGGGGGGGCCCUCAAGAAGGGCCCCCAUGCCAAGGCCAUGCUGAGCAUGAAGGUGGUGCUGCCCUAUCAGCUGAAGGCUUUGGAAUGGGACCCCCCCCACUUAGCCAAUCGGCAGCAGUGUUACUGCUAUUGUGGGGGGCCUGGAGAGUGGAACCUGAAGAUGCUCCAGUGCCGAGGAUGCUCCCAAUGGUUCCAUGAGGCUUGUACCCAGUGCUUGAGCAAGCCCCUGCUCUAUGGGGACCGGUUCUAUGUCUUCGAGUGCUGUGUCUGCACCGGGGGGGCUGAGAGCGUCCGGAGGCUGCCACUGCGCUGGGUGGAUGUGGCGCAUCUCCUCCUCUAUCACCUGAGCGUGUGCUGUAAGAAGAAGUACUUUGACCUGGAGCGUGAGAUCCUCCCCUUUGCCAAUGCCAAUUGGGAUGCGCUGCUGCUGGGACAGCUGGCGGAGACCCCCAAAGGGGAGCGCUAUGGGAUGCUGCUGGGGGCGCUCAGUGCCCAUAAGGACAGGUUCAUCUCAGGGCGUGAGAUCAAGAAGCGCAAAGGUCUCUUCGGGCUCCACUCCCGGGACCCCCCCCCCGGUGCCCCCCACAUCUAUGGGGGGAUCCCCCCCCCCGGAUCCCAUCACCAGCAGAAAGGGGGGUCCCGCCGGAGACCCCCCCCACGCCGGACCCAGGGACCCCCCGGUGGCUCCUACAACUUCAGAAGGACCGAGGCGCGGUGCCCCCCCAGCGCCCCCAUCCGGAUGUUCGCGUCCUUCCACCCAUCGGCCAACACGGCCCCAAGCCUCAGCUCCAGCCCGGACCCCGAGAGCCGCGACAGCCCCGAGCCCCGCCCCCCGCGGCGCAAGGGCUCUUGA